GCUGCCCUCGCACCUAGUCUGCAACUUGCCCUAACAGGCUUGUUUGACAUACACCAGCUUUAGAGAGUGUGGCAUCCCAAAGAAAAGGGGGGAAAGGAAAGGGGUAUUGUGUGUGCUAGGCUGUCCCACACCGCCUCUGGGUCCCGUAUGCACUUUUGCAGCCCGAUCUCAGCAGAAAACCGGCUGAGCCGAAGCCUCUCUCUCUGCCACCCCCUUCACAACUCAGAAAGGAUUCCUUUCUUCUUGCACAACCCAAGAGGCACCACACCCUUAUUGCUCACACAAAAAUAAGGCAGCUCCUUACAGUGCAAUGAGCCCGGCUUUUUUGGCGCUUCCCUAUGCAGGACGGGGAGAAAGUUUUAUGGCAUAAACCCUAAAGUUACGGGGUCCUGCCUCCAGGGAGACUUCACAGCUUUUCUCUGGGCGAAGUCAGCAAGGAAGAUCAAGGAAGAUUCGGAGUUGGUAAGUAGAAUUUAACUUUAUACCGGUGGAUCGAGGAAGUGGCACUGAUUAUUCUGAGUGAAUAGCAUCUGAACGAGGCGUUUUCGUUGCUCUGGCUCCAAUAACAUCGUGGUCGUUAGAUCUGCCUAGAAGAAAUCUUCCAGACGGUUUGCCCAAGAACAAAUCAAACCUGGUUGGCAAUUCUGAUUUUUUAAAAUGUCUGUUAUAAAGAAAGUGCCUACUACACCCUUAUGCUUUUGUGUAAGUGGCUCGACGCACCUUAGAGACUGUUGGGGCUGAGAACUUGAACUGUAAAGCGGGGGGGGAGGGAGGUCUUUAGGACUUAAAAAAAGAAAGCAUCUUUGUGGGGGGUGGAAGGCUGACAGUUCUUUAAUGGGGGCGUGAUCAUUUGAAAGCACCUUUGGCUUCAGUAGGAAAAAGCUGGGCAUGUGUUCAAUCCUUCUCUUACGAGAGAGUGCGAAAGAAAGAAAAGACUUCACGAACCAAGAAGUAAAUGCAAUUGUAUGCACAGUUUUUGGAAGCAAGUCUCGCUGCAGUCAACAGAAUUCAGCCCCAUGUAAAGGAUCUGUCCUUUUUUAAAGUUACUGCUAGUGCGUGCUUCAUGCUAGCUGCAUUUUCAGGGGAAGCGUAACCAUGUGGGGCCCCGAUUCAGCGUGGGGCCUGUAGGCAGGGCUUAAUCCUUUUCUCCCAGCACCAGUCUGCAGUCAACCCACCCACCGCCAGAUGACAUUGGCCCCUAAGGAGAUGCUUACUUCAUAUUUACACAUUGAUAUUAGUGUCUCUAGGAUUUGCGCCCUAAGGAGUAUUUCACAGGUAGAGUCUCAGACCCGUCUUUGCUUACAAAGGAGGCUGGUGGUGAGAACCACUUAGGUCGGGGUCCCCAAACUAACAUCUGUGGGCACUGUGUGUCCUUGGGCAUCUGCCUUAGUGCCCGCCUCCUGGCUCUCCCCGGUGUUAUUAUUACUGCUGUUGUUAGUAAAAAUAACUUUAGAAUGAGGGAUUUGGCUUCUGGGGAUUGCCUUUUGUGAGGGCUGACUGGCUAUUUUGCCUGUAUCUUAUUUGUCGAGGGUUGUGUGGGUUGUUUGGGUAUCUCAGAGGGUUUUCCUCUGGGAAAUGGGCAUUUUGUGGUGCUCAUGAUAGCUUUCCAAAUGUGCCUUCAGGCCCCCCCAAAAGAUUAGAGACCCCGAUAUAGGGGAUGGGUUGAAAAUAAAAGGCACUGGUGGAGCCAUCAAAUGGCCCUUUGGCAUUCCCCAGAAGGCUAGGCCUUUGAAAUAAAAGGGCCUUAAUAAAGUUCUAAGAGAUGGAGGGUUUGAAACAAAAGACAUCUGUUAACCCUGGGGGAUUCCGACAUUACUGAUGGGAAGAAUGGGUGAGAUUAUGAGGAAGUCUAUUAUCACCAGAUGUUUAGGAAAGGUAGCAUAACAGAGGGCUGGGUCAGGCCUGCAGCAGAGAGAAGUGUCAUGGCUGAGGCGGCACUAAGGACAGGUGUUUGAAUGGUGACUUUUCAAAGUGUUGGCCCUAAAAAAGGAAUGGGGGGGCAAGUGGGUUUUGCUAUAGGCAGCACUGGAACACAGGGAGCUGCCUUAUACCAAGCCAGAUAACUGAUCCAUUUAGCUCAAUACUCUCUACACUGGCUGGCAGCCACUCUCCAGGGUUUUAGACAGGGAGUCUUUCCCAGUCCUACCUCUUAUAGGCAGUGCUGGAACUCAGUAACAUAGAAAGCUGCCUUAUAUAGAGUCAGCUCAUUUGCCCAUCUAGCUCAAUAUUGCUUACACUGACUGGCAGCAGCUCUUCAGAGUCUCUCUCACUCCUACCUGGAGAUGCCAGGGAUUGAAUCUGGGACCUUUGGCAUGCAUAGCACAUGCUCUACCAUUGAGCCACAGCCCUUUCCAUAUAGCUCAGGUGUUCAAGGCUUCAGGCAGAAGUCUUUCCCAGCCCUACCUAAAGAUGUUGGCAAUUGGGCCUUCAGCACACAAAGCACACCAUGUACUACUAAGCUGUGUCCCCUCCCUUUGUGUUUGUUCACAAGACUUGACUAGUGAGCCCGUUCACACAUGCAACUCAUCCUGUGAUGUGGCAGCCAUCAAGUGAUGAAUGCACACAGGGGAACCAGCCACAAUUUACUUUCGCAGUUGGUAUCAGUUACAGCCCCUGACUUUAAGCCUUAAUCCCAAACUUGUUCAACAUUAGCAAGUUGAGAAAGGCACUCUGUGCAUGCUCAAAGGCAUUCUCUUAAGAACGUAAGAAGAACCCGUUGCAGCAGGCCAAUAGCCCAUCCAGCUCAGCAUCCCUCUCUCACAGUGACCAACCAGAUGCCUUUGGGAAACCCAAAAGCAGGGCCCAAGCACAAGCGCACUCUUCCUUCCUAUGGUUUCCAGCAACUGGUUUUCAGAAGCAUUCCUGCCUCUGACCAUGAAGGCAGAGCAUAGCCAUCCUGGCUAGUAGCCAUCAAUAGCCCUCUCCUCCUCCAUGAAUUUGCCCGGUCCUCUUUUAAAGCCAUUCACGUUGCUGGCACAUCACUGCCUCCAGUGGGAGUGAGUUCCAUAGUCUAACUAUGUGCUGUGUGAAGAAGCGUUUUCUGUCAUCUGUCCUGAAUCUUCCAACACUGAACUUCACUGAAUGUCCACGAGUUCCAGUGUUGUGAAAGAGGAAGAAAAACUGUUGUCUAUCCCCCUUCCCCAUGUCACGCAUAAUUUUAUACAUUUCUACCAUCACUCACCUCUUCUUUAUUAUUUCACACAUGCAAGGGCUAUGAGCCAUAAUCCUUUGAGAAUAAAAAUUGGGAUUAGACCAAAGAUCCCUCAAAGAUCUCCUAGUCCAAUAUCCUGUUCUCAAGAGGGGCUUGCUAGAUAUCUCCAGGAAUUGCACCAGCAGGCAAGAUCUGGUAUCCAAAGGUAGUCUUCUAACCAUGGAGGUUUCAUCUAUGGAUCACUGCUUACAGCUUUUUUUUAAAAAAAUAAUAAUUUUUUAUUAAGGUUUUAAACAAAGAAAAAAGAAAAACAACACACACAAAAAACAAUACAAAACUUAACAAUAAAAACAUAAAACAUAACAAUUAAAAACAAACUCUCUUUUCCAUUUCCAAUUUUAAAUUACUUAUUUUCUGGACUUCCUCAUACCUCCCUCUUUUGUAUUCCAAUCCACAUUAUUUGUCCAGCAGUUUCUUUUCCACUUUUUAUCCCAAUCUUUAAUUUAAUAAAAUGUUAAAAUAUAUAACUUCAACUUUUUAAACCUAAUCCUUACUCUUAAUGUCAUAUAGCUUUAAAUUUUUCCCUUUUAUUAUCAAAUUUCCAUUUCUUUAGACAUCUUUAAUCUUAGUCUUUAAUCUUAAUCUAUCCUUAACUUUAACCUGUACAGCUGGAAACCACUUAUUUUCAAUCCAACAUCACUCUAACAUUCCUUAAUUUUGCAGUGUUUCUGAAGAUAGUCUUUGAAUUUCUUCCAGUCUUCCUCCAUCGACUCUUCUCCCUGGUCACGGAUUCUGCCAGUCAUUUCCGCCAAUUCCAUAUAGUCCAUAAAUUUCAUCUGCCAUUCCUCCAGCGUGGGAAGUUCUUGUGUCUUCCAAUACUUUGCGAUGAGUAUUCUUGCUGUUGUUGUUGCAUACAUACUGCUUACAGCUUUUAAUAGACCUAUUCUUUAUAAAACUUCUUCCUCCUCUUCUUCUUCUUCCUCCUCCUCUGCUUCUUCUUUUUGCAACCCAUCAGAACAAGCAUUGUUCCAAAUACUUCACUUGCUUGCGUGUGUGUGUGUGUGUGUCCCCGUGUGCUUUUAAUCAUUCUUCAGCAAAUACUGAGAAAAGAAAGGGCAUUCUAAAACUAUCAAAUAAGGCCUGUGUGUCCAGGGCAUAAUACUUACCAGCUCUGCUCUUGCCCUAGUCGAGAGUAUUUUUGCCUGGCUGGAAUUUGUCCGUGAGAAGUGAUAAUGUCUCUUGCCUGUUUGAAGGGGGGGAGGGUAUCGUGCAGAAACCUCUGGCAUACCCUCCAAUAUUUUUCAGGAAAAAAUAUGGGGCAUCCUAAGGAAAAGUGGGACAUUCCAGGAUCAAAUCAGAAACCAGGAUAGCUUCGCUAAAUCAGGGACGUCCAUGGAAAAUAGAGACAUGGUGUGUUCUAGUUUUGUUUUGUUUUUUGCAUGGCUAGAACAAAGGUAAAAGCUGCAUAACUGCCCUGCACACUUACCUUUGGCUCCAUGCACCUCUGGCAUGCAGCACCUAGAAGGCUGCCCACUAGGUAAUGUGGCCUUUGGAUUGAAGAAGAUUCCCUAGUCCUGUAAUAAGCAUGAAAAAGGGGGAGGCUGUUGACAGUGUGUUUUAAAGUAUUUUUUAGGAAGGAAUUCUAAAAGGCCCCCAGAAAGAGGCAGAAAAGUCGAAACCUUUUUCCACAGGGGAGGAAAAGUUUGAAGAAACUAGAGGACAUGUUUUGGCACUAGUUAAAACUAAUGACUGUGAUCACAUCCUGUGACAAUGAGUUCCAUAAGUUAAUUAGGUGAUGCAUGAAAACUUCCUACAGCAAGCAAUCAGCAUCAUUAGGUGAAAGGGGAUGGUGCAAAGGAUGUUUGUCUCGUGAUCCAAUCAUUAAUUUGCCCCUGUUCUGUUGCCAAUGGCUGGCCUGGCUUGCUCACAGUCACCUGAAGAGAUUUCAUAUUUAAAUUCAGCUUCUGCCUGGCUGUAGGCCCACCCCAGUCUGGCUUAGGAGCCAAGCUCUUAGCUGCAAGCAAGUAGCACAUUGGACCAUGUCCAGAUGGCUCUCACCACUACAAAGUAUGGAAGUAGGCUCAUGACUUGAGUUAUCAAUUUUGAAAACAAGAGCAAUUAAUUUACUAUAUAUUGUGUCAAGCCCAAGAAAUACAGAAAAAGUGAUUAUUAUAAGUGGUAUCCAACCAAGUCCUACUUAGAGUAGACCUAUUGACAUUAAUGUUCCUUAGUCAGUGAUGGACAUUAAGUUCAAUAGGUUUACUCUGAGCAAAACUAGGAUUGGCUGCAACCCUAAAUUUGUAUACUGCAUUUAUUUUUUUCCACACGUUGCGUGUGAGUAUGUGUUUGAAAAGCCUUUGAUACUGCACAAGAACAACAAAGCAAGCUAAGGGUAACCAACGUGGUGCCCUCCUCAUGUUCUUAGAGCCCAAAUCCCAUCAUCCGGCAGUUGGGGAUGAUGUGAGUUGUAGUCCAGCAACAUCUGGAGGGCACCAUGUUGGCUCCCCCUGAAGUGAGCCGUGGACUGAGAAGGUCUGGGUUCAAGUCUCACCUCAGCCAUGCAUUUAUCAGGUGUCUUUUAAGCCAGCUCCUUUCUUCCUCAGCUUCAGUUGCCCAUCUGUGCUAAAUUAGGUCUAUCCUUGAAUCAAACAGUGGGGCUAGGCCCAUAGACAUGCAGAUGUUACUGGACUCCAACUCCCAUCAUCCCCACUCAAUAUGGUCAAUAAUAAAACAUUAAGGGAUCUGGAGUGUUCCACACCAUCUGAAGGGCCACAGGGGCCCCCCACCUCCCUUCUUUAAAGAGCAGUUGAAAGAGUCACUGGCAUAAUUAUUGUAAGCCUGCGUUACUAAGUUGUAAACUGGGUAUGUGUUUCAUGUUUGUGCAGCACCUAGGUAUGUGGAUGAUUUAUAAAGCCAUUGGUGUUAAUAUAAUCAAAGAUAUAUUGAAGAAUACUCAGAAAAUGAUAAAUCAGUGCAAAGCAUUGUGAUUAAUCAUUUGAGGAAGAGUGAGGGUGAUUUGUCUUGGCUUUGGGGACAAUGGGGUUGAACUGAAUCCCGUUGGUUACCUUUAUCUAUUUAUAAAACAUUCUAAUUGCAAAUUGCUCUUGCAAAAAUAUAGCAGACCUGCUAGCUGGGUAGACUGCUAUAGUUUCAGUUCCUGUCACAUGGGAAAGAGGGGGCUGAGAGGGGCAUACCGUAUUUUUCGCUCUAUAAGACGCACCAGACCACAAGACGCACCUUGGUUUUGGAGGAGGAAAACAAGAAAAAAAAUAUUCUGAAUCUCAGAAGCCAGAAGAGCAAGAGGGAUCGCUGCGCAGUGAAAGCAGCAACCCCCUCUUGCUGUUCUGGCUUCUGUGAUAGCUGCGCAGCCUGCAUUCGCUCCAUAAGACGCACACACAUUCCCCCUUACUUUUAGGAGGGAAAAAGCGAGUCUUAUAGAGCAAAAAAUACGGUAGCUUCCCUGAGUCUUUAGAACAAGCCUCUGGAGUGGGUCUGCAAUCAGGUCUCCCAGAUCAAAUUCCAUUUCUGUAUCCACUAGGCCAGACUUGUUGCUGAGUGCUAGUGCAUCUGCUUUCAUGCAAAAGGUCUACAGGUUGGGUUUGGGAAUGUCCUCAAACUAAACCAUGGGGAGACACUGCCAGUCAGUGCAGACAGCAAUGAGCUAGAUGGACCAACAGCUGACUCAGUACAAGGAAGUUUCCCCUGCUUCUAAGCCUAUGAAAUUUAGGGCUGCCAUACGUCCAGAUUUUCCCAGACAUUACCAGGAUUUCAAAGGUGGAAUUGACAUCCGGGGGAAAUUUCCAAAAGGUGACGCUUUGUUCUGGAUCUUAGACAAGUCAAUCGAAAAAAUUGCUUUUUGGAAAGCUCAACAACUUUUGGGGUAUCCUGGUUUUUACUUUUUGAAAUAUGGCAGCCCUAAGUUACUAGCCUGCUAAGAGGCAAAUAGCCUGCCUUUUUCUCUCCUUUGCAGCUAGCAUGGGAGCACAGCUGCCUGGUGAAGGAGGGACAGAGCACUCUGUCCCUGGCAUCAACCAGCUCGCUCGCCUGCAUGAAAUUCCUGAUCACCUAUGGCGGCCAGGCAUAGCUGCCCUUGCCCAAACAGUGGGAUGUGGUUUCCCAAAUAGACAUGGUUUGCAGAUGGGUCCCCGGUGCUCCAGCAGUUAAGAGGUUAAUGCCCCCCCCUUUCAGGCCUGAAGGUUAGAUUAUCAGCUCACCUGCAGUGCACUCGCUCACCAGCUAACUCCCAUUUAAGUACUGCCUGGAAUGCAGCAGCCAAAAGCACAGUAAUGAUGAACAAGCCUGUUUGCUCUGGGCAGGUUUUAGUGAGACCAGAAAACAUGUCACGUGCAUCCUGUUAAAGAAGCAGCUCUUUUUGAGCCCUCCCCCUCCCCCAGUCGAGAUUUGAGGUGCAAGGUAAUGAUGGAGCAGCCUGAUGCAAAAGAGGAGAGCGCUCUAGAUGAGGGAAUUCCAGCAGGUGUAGCUCUGCAUGCAAGCUGCACCUGCUGAAAUGCCUUCAGCUACAUUACUAUUAAAGGUGGCGGCACCCAUGUCCCACCCUAGGGGGUGCUGGGAGUUACUAAGCCUGUCUGUUUGCUUAGUUGCAGCAGUGCACUUAAGAUUAAGCUAUAAGCAGGGUCGGCGUUGUUUUACUAGCCCUGCUCCUGUGUUGUUAACAAAAACCUGAGAUAACAGAAACUGAGUGGUUGAAGUUUCCCAACACCAUCUAUUCGCAGGCCAGGAAAAGCUUGACCUCAUCCCAUGUCUGCGUGUGCUGUUAAAAGCGAAGGGGGAAGGUACUUUUAAACGUUGGCUGUCCUCAACUAUGAGGCAUUCCAAAUAUUACUGUUUUAAGACACAAGUAUUAAGCUAGGCAGAGGAAUGGUAGAAACCAAAUAAAAGUGAGAGUCUGCAGUAUCAAUGGAUGGUCGGGGUGCCAACUUUUUGCACUAGCCCCUGCUCCUCUGCCGGCAUCAGCAGCUGGAUCAGCAGACUAUGCUGGCAGAUGACUGUGUUUCAAAAAGCAACAAACCCAGUGUUUGGGACUACUAAGUUCCUGACUAUUGGCCGUGUUUGCUGGGGCUCAUGCGAGUUGUAGUAAGAUGAAUAAAUAAAUGUUGCAGGCAUGGCAUUGGGGAAGGCUGCUGUAAAAAUAUUCUCUGUUGAUUUGUCCAGAUCAAGGUGCUGUUUAAGGCUUAGAACCUUUGUUUUUCUGGUCAUUUGGCAACCAUACUGGACAAAUGUCAGUGCUUCUCUGGAAUUCAAUCUAAGCAAGGCUUAAGCCCAUUAAAUGAGUCAGCAAGCAAAAGAAGAAGACUUCAGUGACCUUGUUUAUAUCUGUUUGUCUGGGUGGAAGUUGGUUGCAUUAUUUUGCAUGCAAACAUUUCAGACCCAGUGAGUAAUGGUUAUAUAAUAUUUGACAAUACCUUAGCUGUUAAUAAACUCUUGAGAUUAUAUAUUGGAUGACUUCCAAAAUCAAAACACUCAGGCAAUGGAGGUAACCUUUAAAACAACCAACUGUUUGCUUUUACUGGAAUAUAUACACCAAGGAUGUAAAUAUGUCCUGACUCUAGGGUGGCCAGAUGCAACAGAGGAGUGGGGCUGCUGUGUCUUUAAUAGGUGUGUAAAGACAUUCAGAGAAGGGACGCGGGUUGCGCUGUGGGUAAAACCUCAGCGCCUAGGACUUGCCGAUCGCAUGGUCGGCGGUUCGAAUCCCCGCGGUGGGGUGCGCUCCCGUCGUUCGGUCCCAGCGCCUGCCAACCUAGCAGUUCGAAAGCACCCCUAAGUGCAAGUAGAUAAAUAGGGACCGCUUACCAGCGGGAAGGUAAACAGCGUUCCGUGUGCUGCGCUGGCUCACCAGAUGCAGCUUGUCACGCUGGCCACGUGACCCGGAAGUGUCUGCGGACAGCGCUGGCUCCCGGCCUAUAGAGUGAGAUGAGCGCACAACCCCAGAGUCUGUCAAGACUGGCCCGUACGGGCAGGGGUACCUUUACCUUUUUAAAGACAUUCAGAAGGUGUUUCUUCUCCUGCAAAUUAAAAAUGCCCUCCUCCACAGAACUAUUAAAGGUCCAGUGGCCCUUUCCACUUUUGCAUCUGACCACCUGACACAAACAAAUCUAGAAGACGAUGCUUUUCCUAGUGGUAUUCCAAUAGUGAAAGCUUUGACCAUUCAGUUUCUGUGUCCAGCUGCUGUUAAAGGCACAGGAGCAGAGAGCCAUCCUGGAAUCACAUAAUGGAAAUUAGUUAACAUCCAGAGAACACUUUAGUCUCAUCCAACCCCCUGCAAUUCAGGAAUCUCGCUCUUGCCCUCUAUCUGACAUACCUUGGGAGAAGCCCAUUGCUUACAUUAUUUUCUUGGUAUCCCAGGUAGAAGUCUAGCAAAACGGCAAUUUACAACUUAUGGGUGUCCCAUUUAAGAUAAUUGUGCCUGCGGUGAUGUGUCAUAAGCAAGCCAACUUGAUUUUACAAGUUAGCAAAUCAAACUCCAGCAGUUGUGUAAAUACCAUUACUUAAUCAGAUGUACAAGUGGCUUCCUUAAACACACCUUUGCAAGUCAUAGCACCCCAAAAAGCCUGAAACACCAAAUUAAAUGCCACACUUAAGCUUGAUGCAGUAGCCACAAUUAUUUUUUAACCAACACCUUUGCACAGUCUUUGUGCAUGUUAUCUGCUUUUAACAUGCACUUGCAAUAUUAACAGAAGCAAACAGAAUUACAGCUAAGUUAGACAUCCACAUUUUAUUUCAAGUGCCCAUAAAAGACCCACUUUUCAGAUCUCACAGGGUGUUAUUACAUACAGAAAUUGUGCACUAAUCUAAUGAAGCAGCUUUUACAUAUUUUACUAAAAGAGCAGGAUUCUUGCUGCCUUAGUCUUCAAAAAGGUUUUCAGUCAACUAAAUGUGGUGUCCAUAACGCCAAAGAAGACCCUUCAAAUAACACAAACAAAAUUCUUCCUGUCAUGUUCUCUACCAUUCUGAUCCUGUCCUUCAGGAAUAACUGCUCUGAUCUCGUUCUCUAGUCUCGCUGGAUCAGCAGCCCAGCCCAUGUGUUCUACAUUACAGAAGACAGUCCAUUCCUCCUGAUGCCAGACAGUUGCCACAUCCAGCUGGCACCUCUCACCUUUGCACAGGAAAUGCCUGCAAGAACUAAGAAACUCAGGGUCACAUAUUUAUUGAGAGGGCAUGUGUUGUAGGCACACACCCUUCUCCUUGUCUCCUUGUCCACCAAGACAUAACCUUCCAUUUACCUGUGCAUUUAACCUGUGUGAUAUUUCAGAUGCAAAUGACAGCUCAUGGGGGGAAUGUUACAUAAUUAUUGGGAUUGCAGCAGAUAGGGGGUUACCCACUUCUUCCCUUGCUGCUGCCCAGACAAAAGUCCCUCCUUUGAAAAUUCUGGCAUAUGCUAAUUUAUCACAUUUAGAAAUCAUGAACAUGAUAUAAAGAGAAAUGCAGUUCCAUGGGCCUGUUGCCCAGGUAAGGACUGUUAAAAUCCUUUUAUAUUUAAUCUGAUCUUGUACAAAUACCAUACAAAUAGAGAACUGCUUCAAAUAGAGGACUGCCCACUGUAAAAGCAGAGCAAACAGACACCUUAUUUGCAGGGGAAACACCCAAAUUUCCCUAUUCUCAAUAUAGGCAUAAAAUUGACUACUUUAGUUUCAAAAUAUGUAUUUAAAUGCAUACGUUGAUAUGGUUAAGCUUGCCUUGACUUCUUGAUAGGCCUUUGGCUGUGGUAAGUUUCUUGAGAUUGGGGAACUGGGAGCCUCUCGGUAAUGAAAAACAUGGCAAAGCAGGAUCUGAUUUUGCAGCUCAGUGCAUAGGAAAAAUGGCCAUUCCCCAAACAAAAUGUCUUUUUUUCUCCUUAUUAAAAGCAUAUGUUGGCAGGGCUUUCCCUACCCACAUGUUUACUCUAACGAAUGGCUGCACGUUGUUUGCCACGACUGGCUUUGCUGUUAUAUAAUAAUAGACAUAUAAAAUUGCAAUGCAAUAACACAAUGUUUUAAAAUGAACAGUAGAAAUGCGCUUGGCAAAAAAAAGCAAGUACACAACCCAAAGGACAAGUAUCUAACUAGGGGUGGGGGAAGAAUUUUGAUUCAGUUCACAUUUAUUUAACUUAUAAUUUAAUGAAUAAAUUAAUAUCCUACUCUUCCUCCCAAAGGAGCCUGGAGUAACAGGCAAACAUAUACAAUGGUACCUCGGGUUACAAACACUUCAGGUUACAGACUCCGCUAACCCAGAAAUAGUACUUCGAGUUAAGAACUUUGCUUCAGGAUGAGAACAGAAAUUGUGCUCCGGUAGCGUGGCAGCAGCGGGAGGCCCCAUUAGCUAAAGUGGUGCUUCAGGUUAAGAACAGUUUCAGGUUAAGAACGGACCUCCGGAACCUGCCUGACUCACUUUCUGAAACAAUAAGUAUUCCAAAGCACAGUCAUUCAAUGAAAUUCCCACUUCCCCAGCUAAGUAAUGUGUGUAAAAAUGCAUCUAUUAAGGUAAAGUGUUCAUUAAAAUACUUAUACAGUUUAUGGAAACAGCACCUUAUAGGAUAAAUUGCUGUGCAAAAGUGUGUACAUUAGGAGAAAUUUGCACUGAAAUUCUGAUGGAUUUUCAUAAGCACCUUUUAAAAAUGCAAACUGACCUGGAAAUAUGGAGGACUGAACUUAAGAUGGCAAAAGUGAGAAACUGAGAGCAGCCGAAAGUGACAGGUUCUCCCAUCCCUACAUUUAACCCCCCACGGAAUCUCAAUGGAAAAAGAAGCUAGGGGACUAAGAGUUAAAAGGAAAGCUAUUCCACCACUCUGGUGUGUUCCUUCCAGAGGGUAAAAAGCUAAGUGGGUGGAUUGUGCACACCACUAGAGGAUGAAAGGGAAAGACUGGUUAGACAGCUGACUAAAAUCUAAUUAGGUUGCUUAAGGAAGAGCUACUGCUGUCCUGGAAAAACCUGACCUAGAUGGGAUGAGGGAUGCAUUUCGGAUACCCUUAACAGCAACCCCAAUGCUUGCAUUCUGCCACUGUAUAUGAGAUUCUGACAAGUCAGAGGGAGCAAAACAAACAAGCUGGCUCACACCAAAUCAGGCUAUCUCACUCAGUAGCAUCCACGCUGACUGGCAGCAGCUCUCCAGGGUUUCAGAGAGAAAACUCUCCCAGUGCUACUUGCAGAUACCAGGGAUUGAACCUAGGAUCUUUUGCAUGGGCUCUGCCUCUGAGCUACCACCCUUCCUCAAGCAAUUACUCCGCCUUACACUGAGUCAGGUAGGGACGCGGGUGGCGCUGUGGGUUAAACCACAGAGCCUAGGACUUGCCGAUCAGAAGAUCAGCGGUUUGAGUCCCCGCGACAGGGUGAGCUCCCGUUGCUCGGUCCCUGCUCCUGCCAACCCAGCAGUUUGAAAGCACGUCAGAGUGCAAAUAGAUAAAUAGGUACCGCUCUAGCGGGAAGGUAAAUGUCGUUUCCGUGCGCUGCUCUGGUUCGCCAGAAGCGGCUUAGUCAUACUGGCCACAUGACCCGGAAGCUGUACGCCAGCUCCCUCGGCCAAUAAAGCGAGAUGAGCGCCGCAACCCCAGAGUCAGCCAUGACUGGAUCUAAUGGUCAGGAGUCCCUUUACCUUUACACUGAGUCAGACCAUUGGCAAUAUCACCAACACUUGACUGGCAGGGGCUCUCCAGGCAGGGGACAUUCUCUACCUGAAUGUUCCCACCUGGAGAUGUCCCUGAUGGAACCCAAGACCUUGUGCUUACAAAGCACAUGCUCUGUCACUGAGCUAUGGGCCUUCCCAAGCACCUGAGAAGUACUAGGUCUGAAUUUAAGAGGUCAUUAUUUGGCUGUGAGAUUCUAAUUCAUGUCCAUGGUACUUCAUGGGGGCUGCAUCUCGGUGGCUUGUGAAUCCCAGACUGAGCACCAGGUGCUAAAUUCAAAACAGGGUGUGUCAAGCCAAAACCCUUGCUCCUACUUACCUAUUUUCUGAUUACGUCCUUGGCCUGUAAGUUAAUUAUUCUAAGGAAGUGCCAAGAAGCUACUGAGACUGUGAGUAAGCUAGAAUUAAUCAACUAAGAAUUGUUGUUGCUUGUCUGCCAGCCCAGGUUAAUAAAUCUUGUGACAUCAACACUUUCAGAAAGAGUAAAUCUGUGUGCUUAAUAAAGAGGCCUAGAUAAAUCCAGAUUAUGCUAUUCACCUCUUCAUGUUUCCAUGAGAAUUGCUGACAAAUAUGACCCAUAACAGAAUUUGGGUAAAAAUCUAGCAUUCCUCUAUAACAGAAAAGUGUUCCAGAACUUUAGGUGAAAUAAAGUAAAUAUUAUACUUUGUAAAGAUCUGAGACAAUAAAACCCACAACAGUUCAGUUCAGCCCAAAACACAUGUUCACAAGCGUUAGUGAAGGCUUGGAGGACUACAGAAUCCAUGAUGCAGUGUAACCCUAGAAGUGUAAUUGUGGGGAAUACUGUUCCAUCCAAUUAAAACCAGCCCCAGACACUGUCUGAGCAUAACCAUUCAGGUGACCUCCUCAAUCCCCAGGUACGUAUCGCAGUAGUCUAAUCUGGAGUGUUAGGCAGUUCUGCAGUGUGUUUUAUAGUUGAAAUAUUUUACUUUGAAAUCAGUUACUUUGGGCUUUGUCAGUAGGUGGUAUAAAAUUGAAUGGCUGGGCAGACGGAAAGUCUAAUAGGUCUACUCCCUAUGCAAUUGAAGAUAUGGCAAGGUAAAGACAGAUGGAGCAAAAAGCAGCAUCUCACCAGCAAGAAAGUGUCUUCAUUGUUUAGACCAGAAAGUAAAUCCAGCCCAAAGACAUCUAUAAGGGACUAGGAGUAUGGCCAGCCUUCUCUCUGGCCCACUGAUGGAAGGAGACUUCCUCAGUUAGUCCCCUUGUAAUGAAUGCCCUUCCCUAGCCAGACAGCCUGCAGGUCCCACAGCUGGCCGUACCCUUAGGCUGUGUGGCACAGAUGCCUCAGGCAGCAGAUACUGAGAGGCAGGGAGUAGCAGUGAGGAAGUGGAGGACAGAUCUGUGUGGGCCGCAUGGUCAGCCUGUCGUCUUCCCAUUACCAGUGUUGAAAAAAGACCAAAGUGAAAGUUGGAUCUGUUUCCAUGCAAAUAAUGCAGGGAUGAGUAACCUUUUUAAGCCCAAGGGCCAAUUUCCUUUCGGGGGGGGGGGCACGUUUGACAGGGCCAGUGGCAAAAGUAAAAGUAGGUGAAGCAACAAAUGGCAAUGUUUGCUUUGUACAGUAGUCUAGCUUCUACACACACACCUCACCAUCCUCCAUCCAGGAGAGCAAAAGGUGUGAUCAUGGACACAUUCCAGCCAGGAAAAAACAAUCAAGGAGGAUGAGAAGCAGGGCUGGUGAGGGGCAUGGCCUGGGUGAGGCACAGAUAGAAGGGGCUCCUGGCCCUCAGGUUCCCCAGCACUGGUUCAAUGGAAGGAGGAGCCAUCUCAUCCCUCACCUCAGAGAGCCAGCUCUGACAGGUCCCCUGAGUGCUUGAAUAACCAGCCAGCCUGUUGCUGGUUACAAAUGUAUGGGGCACCAUCUUGAAGUGUUGAAAUAUAUAUAUAUUUUACACACCGUUUCUUUUUUCUCUCUUUCCUCCCUUCCAGGCUCAAGUGAGCAGGACCUCCACAGACUUCCAUCACCAUGGACUGGAAGACCCUACAGGGCCUGCUGAGUGGGGUGAACAAAUACUCCACCGCUUUUGGGCGCAUCUGGCUCUCUGUUGUCUUUGUCUUCCGAGUCCUGGUUUAUGUGGUGGCUGCUGAGCGAGUGUGGGGGGAUGAGCAGAAGGAGUUUGAUUGCAACCACCGUCAGCCUGGAUGCACCAACGUCUGCUUUGACCACUACUUCCCCAUCUCCCACACCCGGCUGUGGGCCCUGCAGCUUAUCUUUGUCACCUGCCCUUCGCUGCUGGUUAUAAUGCACGUGGCCUACCGCGAGGACAGGGAGAGGAAAAACCGGUUAAAGAAUGGAGAGAACUGCCCCAAACUCUACAGCGACACUGGCAAGAAACAUGGUGGCCUCUGGUGGACUUAUGUUCUCACCCUCUUCUUCAAGUUGGCUAUCGAGAUCGUCUUCCUCUACCUCCUGCAUAGGAUAUGGGAGAGCUUUGACAUGCCUAAGCUGGUCAAGUGCGAUCUGAAGCCUUGCCCCAAUGUAGUGGACUGCUACAUCGCUCGGCCAACGGAGAAGAAGAUUUUCACCUACUUCAUGGUUGGGGCGUCUGCCUUCUGCAUCGUCCUCAUUGUCUGCGAGAUUGUCUACCUCAUCUGCAAGCGGGUGUUCCGCUCAAUACAGAAGUGCCAGAAGAAGAAGAGGUCGCUCACCUACAGCAAGGCAUCCACCUGCCAGUGCCAUGCAAGACUGGACCAACCGCAUUAUGGGAAAGGGAAGCACACACAGGUGGAGGCCCUCAGAGCCUCCGCACCUAACCUGACUUUGAUCUGAGGCGGCGUGAAAGGACAGAUCCAAAAUGGCCGGCUGCCAUUUGGAUUAUUUCAUUGCGACACACAAGUGGCUUUUGAGGAACAUGGGGCAAGGAAGGGUGAUUUGAAACAGAAGUCUUCCUUCUACAUUGUGUGGCCACCAAAGUUUUCCACAAAGGGGAAGCACCGUCAUGUUUUGUUGAGGCCUAAAGGCAAAGCCUCCUGGCCUGUUUACAUGUUUUUACUAAACUGAAGACGCAUGGUCAAAGCACGCACAACACAAGAUGUUGACUUGUACAAUCCCUGGAAGAAGUUGCAGCCCUUUAGAUCCUAACAUCUGCUCUUUCUCAGAAGAGAUGCUAAUAUGGGCAGUUGGCUAACAGAGCCACAUAUGUGAAACAUCUGUUAUGGUCUUCAGAAAACUCCUAGCAACUAAUGACUUAUAGCUCUGAUUCUUUCCUCUGACUCAUUAAAAUGUUUAUAGAGUGUUGCAGAAUCAAUGGGGGGGGGGGACUGUUUAGUUAAUGCUGUCCAAAAACAAAUGAGAAGGAAAGGUUGGUUUCAGCUCAACCUUUUCACCAAAAUUUCACCUAAAGGAAAUUCAAAGUUAAUUUGGAGGUUUCACUUCAGGCAGAAUAACUUAGCAAUUUCAAGGAAAGCCAAGAAAAAAAUUCAAGUUGGGGGGAGGCAUUUGCACCAUGUGUUUUACAUGACCAAAGGGGCACAGCCUUAGAUAUCUCUGUAUAGUAGCUUUUUCCAGUCUGCUGCAUUCCAGGUGUUGUUCAAUUCCCAGCCCCAAACAAAAUGGCCAAUAAUCAGGGAUGGUGGGAGUUGUUGUUCCAGAACAUCUGAAAAGCACCAGCUUUGGGAAAGCCUGCUGUAGGGGUUAGCCAAGAACAAAUGCUUUCUUGAUGUCCUGUUUACACCAGCCUCCUCAACCCCAGUGUCUCCCAGAUGCUGAGAGACUACAGCUCUCAACACCCCUGGUCAUUGGCCAUGUUUCCCAGGCCUAAUUGGUGAGGAGGGCACAUGAUUGGGGAAAACUGGUUACACACUCCUUACCAGACCUUUCCCCAAAGGAAGGAUUGUGCCCAGUGAAGUUCUGUGAGAAUAAUACAAGGACUCGGGUGCUGUCCAGAGAGGAAGCCAUCUUCCUUCCUGGACCAGACUGAGGCACCCUGCAAAGAAGGCUUUAUUCUGGUAGCGGUUUGACUUGCCCCUGAAAUCCUGCCUAACAUGGCAUUCCAAAUUGGUUUGAGGGUUCUACUUUGACGGAAACCUCUGAGGACUUUCAUCGGAAGCCAAAAAGAGUUGUAAUAUGCCUCAUUGGUGGGGUGGACAGUUUGCUUAAGGCCUGAAACUUCAACCAGAUUAGGUUGAAAGCAAAUUUCUAAAUGAAAUAGGAGGUUUCCCAUAUGCAAAAGAAACCAUAUAAGGGAUUCUGAGGGUGUUGAUGAACUAGAGCUGUUUCUCAGGUGGGCUUCCGAUCUGUUUUGUAAGAGUUCUGUACUGCUCAGCAAUUAUAAGGUGAUCAUUUAUGCACUACCAAAAAAAGAGGACAAAAGAAUGAAGUGCUUUACAUAAAAUUUGCACAUGUUAAUGUAUAUAUAUAUACAUGUAAAGGCACAUUUGUAAAUAAUUGCUAUACUUCAAGUAGAUAUGCAAUACAUCCCAUAGAAGUGGGGAAGACCAUGACCAGGUAGCCUGUAUGUUCCUGCUCAGCCUGCUGUCCAGGUACUGACUGUUGAUGGGCAAUUUCAAGACCCCUCCUGCUCUCCCGUCUUAGAGGUCUUUAAAUUUAAACCAGACAACCCUUUAAACAGAGAGUGUCCUCUAGAAAGUAGGGCACAUGGCCACCCUUAUUUGGCAACAUUUCACAGAGUGGGAGUUGUAGCACACUGGAGAGUUGUUUAGCUGAAGCAACUGUUGACGUGAAUGGGGUGUGAGGCAGAACUGACCUCAUUCAACAAGCUGCGCAGGUUUGACAUGGCGCUCUGGAGGGGCAAGGACUUUGCAAGGGAGAAAGAGGGGGCCGCCAUUAUAGAAAAGCACCCAACAAUUAGGGGUUCUCAUUUCCCUCAGUAAAAAGCUAUCCUGCAGCAUGUUUACUUAGAAGGGAAGAUUGCUGAGUUCAGUGGGGCAACAUUAGAACUGAUGGCUUGGACUGUGAGCUGGAAAAUGCCUACUUCAAAAAUCUCUUGUCCACCACAAGGAAUCUUCCUUUCUCUCUCAGCCUCAGGCUUAUGUCUACAAAAUACCUGGCAGGUGGGACUUCAGGGCCAAACAACAUUACUCAGCUAAUGCAUAUGAAGUUCUUUAAUAAUAAGGAAGAGUCAGGUGAACAUUUGCUCCAGUGUUCUGCUGCAAGAGUUAUUCUGACCCAUGGGGGUCCUUCAGCAUCAGGUGAAUUCAACAUCCUUCGCCGUACCAUCCUUGGGUUCUCAGGCUCAGUCAGAGCAUCACCCCACCUAACUCAGUAUUUCCUAGACUGACUGGAAAUGGCUGUCCAUGGUUUCAGGCAAGGUGCUCUCCCAGACCUACCCAGAGAUGCCAGGUAUCGAACCUGGGACCCUCUGCGUGCAAAUCUGAUGCUCUGACACUGAGCUAUGGUCCUUCUGUAGAUUUUUACCAGGAUUUGCCAUGUUUGGACCUGCAGCCUUGCCUGUGCAUGCAAAAUAGCCACACCAGGGAGAAAUCAUCCUUCUCAGCAGGAGGUAAGAUGGGCAUGCAAAAUCGCUUGGGUGCCGUCCUACAAGCUGCUGUGGAUUGCCCCAUCUAGCAAUUUACUUGUGGGACAGGAGCUAUCCUGACAAAAUGACUUUCCACAGGGAGCUGACUCCUGCUGAGUCAGACUAUUAGUCCAUUUAGCCAAAUGCUGUAUGACUGACUGAAGGUUUCCAAAGAUUGCAGGUAGCGAUAUUUCCCAGGCCUAUUAAAUGAGAUCAUUGUGCUGGAGACGCCCUGAGAUCUUGCGCAUGCAAAGCACGCACUCUGCUUCUUGUGGCAGAGUUGUGGCUGUCCCUCAAAGAGAGAGCCCCAGGGCUCUGGUGUGUCUGUCCUGGGAUGGUCUUUAGACAACCCUGGUUUAUUAGCGCCAUGCUUUGACCAUCCACAUCUGUUGGCCAGUUGAUCAUGACAAGAGCAAAGAAAUUAAGCCAGUGCACUUAAUUGUCAGAAAUCAAAGAUUAUUACGGUUCCAGGACAAAACAAAGCUGAAAAGCAUUUUAAUGCUGAACAAUUGCCUCCAUGGCAGUCAAGCGCAUCAGCAUCCAGAUAUUUCUGGUGUAGCUUGACAGCUUCUCUUAUGAAUUCAACAAAUUUCUCUGUGAGGCCUUUCUUGUGGGUGACCUUUAAUGAGGGCAGUCUUUUAAGGGGAAAAAAUUACUCCCACAAUAUUCACAAUGGGGUAGGAAACUAGAAUUCAGCAGGAUAACACGGGAGCUAAUGGAGGAAAAGAAGAAUAAGUAAUAAUUUCACUCACAGUUCUGAGUGCAGCUCAGAUCUGAAACCUGCCAUCCUCUGUAGACUAAAUUCAAUCAAAAAGAGACAUUUUGCAGCAGCAGAAACGACGACAAAAGUUAGAAAAGGGGGGAUUGAGCUGCUUCCAUUGCAGAUGGUGAGAAAUGGUUGGAGAAUUUCUCCACCCUCCAAGAUUAUUCAGUGGAAUUUCCCCUCCAAUUCUUCUGCUGGCAAGUAGGGUAGAGAACUUCAGAAGUCCCUUUUCCACUCAGCUCUAGGCCCCAGGGUCAGCAGAUGGGGAAGGACGAGAGGGAUCCUGCAACUUUAAUUGCUAUGUAGAAGAGGAAAUGUCAGCAGGUGUUUCUUCCCAUUAAAGCUGCAGGAGCUGUGAGCCGUUUGUAUCUGAUCACCUCACUAGACUUUGAUGGAAGGGAUUUAAGCAAGGGAAGGUUUUCAUACCACUCACAUCCAGUGAUGGGGAGAAAGCUUCACCUGCAACAUUUCUGCAAGUUUGGCUGCUGUUAAAGGUUCCAGCACAACCAGGAAGAAAAGCAAGUGAUUUUUAUUCUCUGUUGCCCUGCAAAUAGGGUAGGCAGCUGCAAAAGAGGACAGUGUUCCUGUACUCUUAAUUUCUAUGUAUAAAAGGGACUUCAGGAAGCAUAGUAUCUCAUGCCAGGCACAUCAGCUGAUAGUACCUCGGUCAUCCAGCUAUUGAAGGUACAGGAGCCCAGUCCUCUGAAAACAUGAGUUCCCAUUCCAGGUAUAUGGGAGGGAAGAACUGGCCACAAACCUGAAAAUCAGAAAAAAAUCUAUUUGCUGCCUUUCAGCAGUAAAUUAACCAGGUGCCAGGCUCUUAUCUUUUGCUAAUCUUGGCUGGGAGGUCAAAAGAGUGGCAUGCUUAUCGCUCUUUUGUCCAGGAAGUUAUUUCUCUUUUCUGCUUUGAGCAAGUUCACCGGCAACUGAAAACAAAGAGAGCGUUGAGUGACAAGAGUCAGCUCUUCAAAGGAGAGGGCUUGACUUAAAAGGAGGCUGGGACUUCUCCCUGAAGGGGGUAAAAGUAACAACCAUAAAUCAAUAGCAUUCAGCAAACAUGUAAUACAAAAGGGGGAGUGGAAGCUGGGGCGGAAAACCUCAUGGAAGGGACAACCAGAGCAGCCUUUGCAAGAUUUGCAAAGGAGAUCUCCCUUGCAGGGAGAUAAGGCUUGAGAAUCAGAGCUGGGGGUGAAACUGGGUCUAUUGCAGAGGCUGCAAGAGCACCACACUAGGUGACAGUGAAGCAGGCAAGAGAAGAGGGAUUCAGGUCAAGGUAAAUGUGUUCAGAUAGAGCAGGAGGGUAAGCAGACUUAAAAUAUGGCAGGGAGACAGAGAUGCAGUCCAGCUGUUCUAGGCCUUUUUCAAGUUUGCUUUGUGUCAGGAACCCUUUCCUCAUCAGUCUGUAUCCUGGGGAAUCGCCAUGCGCAUGCCACUUCAGCGCUCUGCACAUUGCAGGGCAGUCUGGGUGGUGGGUGAUAGUUGGUGGCUAGCUCUGCAGAGCUCCACUACCAAGUGCUCCAUUGCAAGGGAAGAUUGGUUGUGAUGAGCAUGCCAUUUUUCAUAGGAACGUAGCUACCGUUCUCAAUCUCGCAAUGUGAAAAUCCCCAGUGCAGUGGUUUAGAGUGCAGGGAGAUCUGGACUUGAAUUCCCACUCAGCCAUGAAGAUGCAUAACCUCGGGACAAGCACUCCCCUCCUCUCUGGGCACAAAUGGCUGUUUUUCAGGGGAAAAUGGGACCGCUGUCUUACUUGCAUCACCCAGGACAACUUAGAGGAAGAAGGUUGGACUAUAAGCUUGACCUGUAAACAGGAGGGAACUCAGAGGAAAUUAAUUGCAAUGAAAGUGCUACAGACAAAUCAAGAAUUUGCGGGAAUUCUUCCAGGGCAGAAAGAGCCCAAACAGGCUUUAAGUGCCACUUCUUCCUUAAUACUUCCCGUUCCAAGGGAAAUCAGGAGGUCAUGUUGUUACUUGUUCCACAACAUCUGCAGCACAGACAGACCAUUCUGGCCUUGCCCAGCAUCCUGAGGGAAAGUCCCAUUAGGGGCCCCUAUGCAGGACCAACCAACCAGACUGGUAUUUCGCAAGACUCAGCUCCUCUCUUGCUCAGAGCCAAGCAUAUCAGUUCCUUUAAGUCACUGAACAAAUAUUUUAUUUGCCUAGCGAACUGUGUAAUGCGAAAGGUCAAAUAAAUGUUACUUUGUUUAUACAGACA